AUGACAGAGUAUAAUGCAAUGGCCUCAAACAAUCCAACGACUGUUGUGAUCCAACAAGAUGCACAAUCAACAUUGAUAACGUUAGACGAGUAUAUCAGCAAAGCAUUACCAUAUCAUUUACAACGACAAAUUCAAUUGAGCGCUGGAAAUCAAUCUAAAAAUUGGUCAUUUACUCAGGGUUUAUUAAUUGGUCAAUUAAGUGUGAUUGUUGUUUUGAUAUUUUUCAUAAAAUUCUUCGUCUUUAGUGAGACAAAAUCAUCAACUGAUAAUUUAAAAGAUCUAAAGAUACCAAUCAUUAAGAAUAAGGAACUUGGAACAAAUGGAGUACCUAGCUCUAGUGAUGGUGCUGACCCAAGUGUGUCAAUUAAUUCUAUUCUAGAGAAGACUUACUAUAAUGUUGAAACACACUCUCCAGAAUCUUUGGAUUGGUUUAACGUUUUAGUUGCGCAAACGAUAAAUCAAUUUAGACAUGAAGCAUUAGCAUCUGAUAAUAUUGUCAAUUCACUUAAUGGCUUUCUACAAAAUGCAGAACUUCCGGAUUAUUUAGAUAAAAUCAAGAUAACAGAAUUAGAUAUUGGUGAUGAUUAUCCAAUUUUUUCAAAUUGUCGCAUAAAGAAAAAUCCAUCAAAUGUUAACAAUCUACAAGCCAAAAUUGAUGUUGAUCUUUCAGAUACUUUAACUUUAGGAAUUGAAACAAACUUAUUAUUGAACAAACCAAAACCAUUGACAGCAAUUUUACCAAUACAAUUGAGUGUUUCGAUUGUUAGAUUUAGUGGUUGCUUGACAGUAUCCUUAAUUUCUAUUGCUGAAGAUGAUGAACUGUUGAACGAUGAACAAGGCAAAGGUACUGCAUUGAUGUUUUCAUUUGCUCCAGAUUUCAGACUAAAUUUUAGUAUCAAAUCAUUAAUCGGUUCAAGAUCUAAACUAGAGAAUAUACCAAAGAUUAGUAACUUAAUUGAAAGUCAGUUAAAGAAAUGGUUUAUAGAAAGAUGUGUUGAGCCAAGAUUUCAAGUGAUUAGACUUCCAAGUGUCUGGCCACGUAGGAAAAAUGUUAGAGAACCUUUAAAAGAAGAUGAAGACUGA